CCGUAGUGGCCUCCGUUUCCUUGGAGACCGAGACGACAGUGAAAUUGCCUGAUCUUGUUGAGAAGUUUGACGGGCUUAAGUUACUGAUCCACGCCGAGACCAGGAAGUUGGGGGAGCCGAACAGGCUUCCCGGAACAUCAAGGCCCCGCAGACUCAAGACUAUUCUAGUUUCCGCAAUGGCUCACGUCUUCCCGAAACCCCGCCACUCUGGGACUCACUCCGCAGCCCACAAGUCCCAGUUUCUGUGGUCCAAACAUGAAACCAAGCCAUCUACUCUGCCUCCACUCCGGCAAACCAGCAGCUAUAACAGGAGCAAAAUGAAAACGUUUAGUGGAGGCAAUGCAGAGCCUCAUUCAUCUGCUUUGUUACUUCCACUGUUGCCACUUCAGAGUCCAGCAGUGUCCUCCAAGCUCACUUCGUCGGUGACAAGCCAGCUGCAGAAUCCACAAGAAGGGCGCCUGAGGGAAAAACCACCCCCAGGAAAGAUGCCGGCCAAAUCCCGGCUCAUGAGGAUGAUGCUACGGAACCAGCGGAACUUGCUCCAGGAUAUCUGCAAACAUGAGCACUUCCUCACCGAGCAGAAUGAGGAGGUGGUCAGGACCAUCCUGGACACAGAGGCCAGCACAGCCCUGCAAGUGCGGGCCAUGCUGCAGCAGGAGGACAUUGCCGUGAACAUGAUGGACAUCUUGGAGUACUCAAACAACAAGCUACAGAAGUCGAAGUCUGAGCUUCAGGAGUGGACAGAAAAGGAGGAGCGCAAGAAGAACAGCCUGGAACAGCAGGCAGAGCAGCUGAACGCUAGAAUCAAGAACACCCAGGAGUUGGUGAGCUUCCUGAGCACGUACAUGGACCAUGAAUACCCCAUCAGGUCAGUGCAGAUUAGCAGCCUUGUGCGCCAGCUGCAGCAGGUAAAGGACAACCAGCAGGAGGAGCUGGAUAACCUCGGUGAGAUGCGCAGAAUGGUGCUGAAGGCUCUGUCCAACAGAAAGCAGGAGAAAAAGAGAAAAGUUUGGAGGUCUCUGGUGGUGAAAACCCAGCGCCCUCGUGACAAGAUCCUUCGCCAGGUGAUCCAGGACAGCCAGUACCAGCAGAAAUGCAUGGUCAAGUGCAGAGAACUUAUUGACCAAUCGAAGGGGACAAUGCCCACAUUAAGGGCUGACGUGGAAGCACUCCAGGCCCAGGUCCGGGAUCUGCGGGAAGUCAUUUUUGAGGAUGUUCUGCUUCGGAGACCCAAGUGCACCCCAGAUAUGGACAUCAUCCUCAACAUCCCUGUGGAUGAGCUGCUCCCCUUCUAGAUGGCUGAGCUGUGGCCCCCGCUCUGCUGUCUCCCCAGCACCUGGAGCCCUCCUCAGUUUACUUCCAAGGCCGCAUCUCCAUCCACAUCCUGGUCUGCAGUCUCCCGCCUUCCUGCCUACAGCUUUUUUCUUCUCUUUCUCUUCCUUCUUUCCCAUUUGGUGCUGCUCCUUGGGCCAGGGGGGACUUCUGUUAAAUCUGUUAUUCCUUUCUAUGAAUAAAGCUGGAUUUGCGUUU